ACGUCUCUGAGAGUCUCUGAACGUGGACGUCUCUGAGAGUCUCUGGACGUGGACGUCUCUGAGAGUCUCUGAGAGUCUCUGGACGUCUCUGAACGUGGAUGCCUCUGUUCAUUUUAAAAACAGAUUUGACUCGAGUCCAGAGUGCGGCCCUGAUUCUGUCAAGGAAAUGAGGUCAUUGUAUCAAGACUCAGCACACUUCCUGUCGAGGGGGUGAGGGGGUGUGGCCGACUGUCCCUCAGUCAGCGCAGAGGAGAAGAACGAUCACAGGACGGAGGGAAGAGGAAGGAUUCAGUCCAAGACUCGAUGACAUCAUCAGUGUGGGUGGAGUCAGGAAAGAUGGCGUCGUGGCUCAGAGUUGUGCUGGUCUGCGUGGGUUUGGUCGCCUGUGCCAAGACGUCCCCGCCGUCCUACGCCGUCCACCAUGCCGCGCUCAGCUUUGACCAGGCCGUGGACAGGUGUUCUCCCGGCGUCCUCGCCAGCCUCGCCACGGAGCACGAGGUCGACGGCGUCCUGCGGCGCAUCGCAGAGUCGUCGCCGCCUCAGAGUGAAUUCACCUUCUGGGUUGGACUGAAGAAAGCCAAGAACAGGUGUGUGGUCUCCACACUGCCCCUCAGAGGCUUUCAGUGGACGGAGGACGGCAGCGAGGACUCUCAGGUGUGCCGCUGGGCCAAAGAACCUCAGCCCACCUGCACCGCGGUCCUCUGUGCGGCGCUGCAGGGACUCAGUGAUGGGUCAGGCGUGACCAGGUGGGGUCUGAUCUCGGUCACCUGCAGAAACGUUCAUCCCUUCAUCUGUAAACUCAGAGACAGUGAGUCUACAAGUGGGAUCACCUUUACACCUGAUCCACCGCAACCAGAACCAUCUAAACCUGAUCCAUCACAACCAGACCCAUCUAAACCUGAUCUACCGCAACCAGAACCAUCUAAAUCUGCUACACUUGAACCUGAACUUCCCGACUCCAGGACUGAACUGCUGGCACCUGAUCCUGGACCAACUUCUGGACCUGGCUCUCCAUCUGUUUUUGGAUCUGAUCCGAAACCUGGCUCUGGACCAGGCAUGUGGUCCGAGAUGUGUCAGAACCCCCUGGUGGACGGAGCGCGCUCCCUCAGUCCAGACCCAGACAACAGCAGCAGGAUGUUGGUCGAGUGCUGGUCCAAGGUUCAGCUGGAGCUUUACUGCCGUGGUCGCCCCGCACUGUGGCGUCUCCUCGACGACGCUCCCGCCGACCUCGCCGCUAUUUGCCAGCCGUGCCCUGAUGGUUUCCACAAAGACGCUUCUGGAACUUGUGUGGACGUGGAUGAGUGCAGUGGCGCCCCCUGCAGACACACCUGCCUGAACACCGAGGGUUCAUACAGGUGCGUCUGUGCAGACGAGGACGGGCGGCGCCAUGACGAGGGCUCGUCGGCGUGCGUGGAUAUGGUGACCACGGAGGAGGGUGGGUCGCUGUCGGGAAUCCUGAUCCCGGUUCUGGCGGCUGUGGCGGUUCUGCUGGUUCUGGUGGUCGUCGCUGCGGUGACGGUGAAGUGCUGCCUGAUGAGACGAGCAAAAAAACACGACACGGAGACGUCGGAGAAGAUGCCCAUGAGAAAUCGAGACGGUCAGGAUUCAUUUGCAACGACCAAUGAGAAGAGAGACAUGUGAGCUGUGAAGAGAGACACAUGAGCUGUGAAGGAAGACACGUGAGCUGAGAAGAGAGACACGUGAGCUAAGAAGAGAGACACGUGAGCUGUGAUUGGUCCAGAAGAAAACUUUGCGUUCACUUUAAUCAAAACGUUCAACACUAAAUCAUUAAACGGACUGUAUGUGUUUUUUAAACUCUGGUUGUCUGUGCUGUGAGCGCCCCCUGCUG